GAAAUUCCAGGCCUAUUUCAGUUUGGCUUCUAGCCUCUCUAUCUAUGCCUGCCAACACUGAAACCCUCUUUGGAUCCCCUAAUUAGGUUCCAUCAACCCAUUCGUUCCCUCAUUUCCCUAAAAAAAUCAUGAAUACCUCAUUCAUAUCCAUAAUCUUCUUAUGUGUUGUUGAGUCUGCUGAGUAAGUGCUGUUGGUUGGUCUGGCCAUGACCUCCAUUCGCGUGUCUGAGGACAGCCUUCUACAAGCCUUGAGCAAACUGGUAAUGGGCUGUAUUUGUGCCAAAGAAAGUAUCGUCGUGGAUGGGGUGACCUAUCGGAUCUUGGAGCAAAUUGCAGAAGGGGGUUUCAGUACCAUUGAUUUGGUGGAGCAUGUUCGCACACGUGAUAAAUUUGCGCUCAAGCGCAUUACAUGUCACUCGACCGAGGACCAGAUUGCCGCUCAGAGGGAAAUUGAGUUCCACAAGCAUUUGGAACAUCCCGCUAUUUUGGAACUGGAGGCUAGUGCUGUGAUUGGCAGCGCAGAUAUCAUGCAUAACGUUACCAGUGAAGUGCUUCUGUUGCUGCCAUACUAUCCUAGAGGCACUUUACACGAUGAGUUGGUUAGACGAGAGGUCAAAAAGGAGCCCUUUUCUGAGGAGUUUGCCUUGAAACUCUUCCAACAGAUUUGCGAGGCCGUUCAUUUCAUGCAUUCCAUUGAACCACAACCUUUGGCCCAUCGAGACUUGAAGCCACAUAAUGUUCUUUUAACGAGAGACAUGCGCCCCGUUAUCAUGGACCUUGGGUCCACAACAACAGCUUGUGUUUCAAUCAAAACCCAUUCAGAAGCUCAGCACCUUCAAGACGUGGCUGCGGAACGAUGUUCCAUUACCUAUCGUCCUCCAGAGCUUUUCCAAGUCAACUCUCGUUGUGAAAUUGACGAACGGACAGACGUCUGGUCUCUAGGAUGCCUCUUGUAUGCCAUGUGUUUCUUCAAAUCGCCAUUUGACACAGUAUUUGAGCGCGGGGAUAGCGUUGCCUUGGCUGUUCAAGGGAACAAUUUGAAAUUUCCCCCCAAUUCUACUUUCUCCACUGACAUGCAUAACGUGAUUACGUGGAUGUUGACCCCGAAUAUUGCUGUGAGGCCAUAUCUAUCUCAGAUUAUGGAUCGAAUCCAGGAUAUGUUAAACAACACAUCGACCAAGGAAACCAACCCAAAAGUGUGAUACCCGGCCAGCUUAUCUUACCUCUCAUCAAAAUCAUCAAUUGACAAUGGACAGAACUUAUUUAUAUAUCUACGAACGAUCACCCACACCCUGAGUAAUAAAAACUCUCAAACAGUGA